AUGGAAAAAAAAGAUAUUUUAUCUAUAGGUGAAAAAAAUAAAAAUACAAAGGAAUCCCCUAAAAGAAACAAAAAACAAAUACAAUCUUUAGUUUAUGCCUUAAAAAAAUAUAUAAACAAAGACGAAGAGCUAAAAAACAGGGCAUAUUAUUUCUUCCCUUCUGAUGAUACAUUAGACCAAAUACUUUUUAAUUUAUGCAAAUUCAUCCCCAAAGAUAAAGAUAUAUUAGAAACAAAUAAAAAAUUAGAUAUAUUUGAUUCAGAUUCAUUUUAUGAUUUCAUUAACUUUGAUAAAGAUAGUUGGAAUAGUCAAAAUAUUAUGUUUGAUAAUAUACUAUUAGAUGAGAAUAAAAAGAAAAGCAAAAGUUCGAUUUUCAAUUUAAAAGAUAAAAAUAAAAAUUCGCUUUGUAUAGAAUGGCAAGGAUUCGUUAAUGAAGCAAACGGAUAUGCAGCAAUUAAAAUAUUCGCGCCUUUUGUUUUUCAAGAAUAUUAUACUUACGCAAAUAGAUUAGUUUACUUUUUGUUUCAAAAAACAAAAUGUUUAGAAAUAGAAGAUUUUUUAAGUUAUCAUAAAUUCAUUAAUAAAGUUGUUCCAUUGUAUAUGAAAUGCAAAAAUAAAUUAUGCGUAAAAUUAUCUCACAUAGAUGCUUCAAAUGAUUUAUAUUUUUAG